AUGCAUAUCCUAGUCACUAAUGACGACGGUCCUCCGUCAAACCAAUCCUCGCCGUACGUGCAUUCGCUCGUCAAAUCACUUCAAUCCGCCGGUCACACGGUCUCGGUCAUCCUUCCUCACCAGCAGCGAUCCUGGAUUGGUAAAGCGCACAUCGUAGGCGCAUCAGUAAAGCCUACCUAUUUCCGCCCUGGCACGCUACACCAAGAAGAUGGAACAACACACCAGCUGCCCCGAGGUAGCAACGGCGAUAACAGUGAGGGCGACGAGUGGGUCCUGAUCGACUCGACUCCGGCAAGCUGCGUGCAAAUCGGACUAUAUCAUUAUUUCCAAGAGCGAGGUCCCAUCGAUGUCGUGGUCUCGGGCCCGAACUAUGGCCGCAACACAACUGCAUUGUUCGCCUUGUCGAGUGGAACUAUUGGCGGUGCCAUGGAAGGCGCUUGCUGUGGUAAGCGCUCAAUUGCGCUUUCCUAUGCUUUCAGCUCGCGCAAUCACGAUCCCGUCAUUAUCGCCGAGGCCUCGGGCCAUGCGGUCAAGUUGAUUGAGCAUCUGUGCGCCAACUGGGCCGAUGGCGUGGAUCUCUAUAGCGUCAAUGUGCCUUUGGAACCCGGAGUCAGCGAGAACAAAGUUCUAUAUACUGAUAUGCUGGACAAUCGAUGGACUGGCAGCUGUUUCCAGGCGGUGGAGCCUACAUCCGCAGAUGAUCCCGAUCUGCAGGAGCAGCGACUGCGCAAUGAAGGUGAAGUCGAGGGCAAGAAGCCUGACCCUAGUGUUGGUCUUGAUACUCAAGGGUCUGCACCCGGACCUCGACUCCAGCACAAGCAUUUCAAGUGGGCGCCCAGCUUCCAGGAUGUCUACCGCAGCGUGGAAGAAAGCAAGCCUGGAAAUGACGGUUGGACUGUAAAGGAACAAAUGACUAGCGUUACGCCUCUCAAGGCCAACUUUAAGCCUACGCCUGGCAUCUCGGGUGAAAUCAAGCUAUCGGAUAAUCAGCCUUCGCUAUACUCCAUCGUCGAUUGCGACGACUCCUACGUGCAGGAGAUGGUUCAACGGGCAUUGACUCGGCGUCUGGGAAAUGCCUCCAAGCAAAUCUCCUCGGUGUCUGACCUGCCAGACUCUUCCUCGCCGCUCUUCCAAUACCGCGAAUACGAGCGCAUCGACUUCGAACACGGCAUGUUCGAGUCCUCCACAUCUCUUAUGAACGCAUACGUGAUUCGCAAAGCAUUGAUUCGCAAGCACUAUCUCUCGAACACAGUGGCCGGCUGGCUUUCAAAGAACCCAGACAGCGUUUUGCGUCACCAUUUCAAACCAGCUUUCGACUUCGAGCUCGACUACGCGGAAUUCCUCGACGACGCCCUGCUAGAAGCCUACGAGUUAAACGACAGUCUAUCGAAGAACGAAGAGCGCCCAGACUCAGAAAAAGAAUGGUGGAUUCUCAAACCAGGCAUGAGUGACCGAGGCCAGGGAAUUCGCAUCUUCAACAGCGAGGACCAACUCCGCGAGAUCUUCGAAGAAUGGGAAGUCGACUCAGACGAAGAAGAUGCCUUGGAGGAUGAAAAUGACACGGGAGUCGUCACCUCCCAACUUCGCCAUUUCAUGGUCCAGCCCUACAUCGAUCCUCCCCUUUUGCUUCCCUCCUCUUCAAACCGCAAGUUCCACAUCCGCACCUACGUUCUUGCAUCUGGUUCACUGCAGGUCUACGUCUUCAAGGAGAUGCUCGCACUCUUCGCUGCAAAGGCGUACUGUGCACCCCAUGAAGAAGACGAAGUCGCUGACCUUGCUCGCCAUCUUACCAACACCUGUUUCCAAGAAGGUGGCAGCUCAAACGAGGGCAGUGUGCGUCGCUUCUGGGACCUGGACCAACAUGUCCCUGGUCUCUCGGAUGAUUGGAAAGAGAAGGUCUUUGAGCAAAUCUGCUCUGUUUCGGGUGAAGUCUUCGAGGCAGCGGCGCGUGGCAUGAUGGUUCAUUUCCAAACACUUCCGAAUGCCUUCGAGUUAUUUGGUGUUGAUUUCCUUGUUGAUAGCAAUGGUUCUGCAUGGCUUCUUGAGCUCAAUGCUUUCCCUGACUUUGCGCAGACAGGUGAAGAUCUCAAGGAGGCUGUUGUGGGCAGAUUGUUUGAGGAGAUGGUCGAUGUUGCCGUGAAGCCAUUCUUUGGACUUGGUAAUGACUCCAAUGGGGACUUGAAGCUGGUGGCGGAUAUUGAUCUUGGAAGAAAGGCCUAG